AUGGCACAUAAUAGUGGCGAUGAAAUCGUCUUUGAUAGUCUUGCUGACAUUGAUGCGUCGAAUGAAACAUGGAAUAUUCGUGUUCAUGUACUCAUGCUUUGGAAGCAGACUUACAAAAACAACCCAAACAUGGUGAGCAGCUUGGAUAUGAUUUUAAUGGACCAGCAAGCAACAAUCAAAAAAAAUCUCAUCAAUGUAUUUCAAACCUUGUUCGAUGAAGGGGCUGUCAGGGAAAUCAAUAAAUUUGGUAUGGAUAGAAACGAAGGAGAUUACAUGUUGGUUGGUCACAAGCAUAAGAUAAAUUUCUACAAAACAACGACAGUUCGUGUAUCAGCUCCUUUUGUUGAUAGGACCGAUCCUUUUAAUUUUGUGACUUUCCAUGAUUUGACUGCCAGAAAUUUUGACACUCGUGUUGCAUUUGGUCAGCCUCAAGUCGGUAACUGUUUGUUUGGAUCAAGAUUACAUAUCAAUGAUGAUAUGCAUCACAUUUCAGAAUUCAAUAAAGCAUAUCUUAAUACCGAUACUGUUGUGGCGAAGGCAGAAGAUUACUACCUCCGUUUUCCAAUCAAGAACAUUGAUGAUAUUCCAGAUUACAAUAAGACGAAUGCUAGUAUUCACUUUUAUUGUCAUGACUGUUCAAAAAAAGUAAGUAAGAAUGAUGAUGAUAGUAAUGUUGAACCAUUUACUUGUGAUGGUUGCGGUGGAGUUUCUGAUGUUUACGGCAAGAUGAGGGUCGUCAUUCGUGUUCAAGACAAAACUAGGAUCAAGGACGUCAAAAUAUCCCUGAUGAGUUUAAUAGCUUUCUAA